CUCUUGACUCUCUGUACUCUCAUCAAAAGGAGGGCAGGGAUAAAUAACUUUUAUUUAACUCACUAGAAAAUCUCUCUCAGCUCUUUCAUAUUUAAUUAACUUCUUAUCUUCUCGGAGCUCUACAUCCUACUCAGAGUUCCUAAGCUGUCAUGGAAGUUAUUUGUUCCCGUGUUCAUUUGAGGCAGAAGAAUUUUCUCCCAUGAGAUGGGUAGAAAAGUUAGAAAUAAUUCAACCCCGGAGACACUGAGGGAAGUAGCACCCACCCAAAGCUUUGUGUAGAGGCAACCUCAACCCAAGAGAGAUGUAUGAUUGCACUGUCUGAAAGAGACCCAACUCCUCCUCACACCAUGGUGGAUGUGAAGUGUCUGAGGGACUAUGAGUUACAGCAUGAACUUCGUAAGCUCGGAUUCUCACCUGGACCAAUACUCCCUUCCACCAGAAAAGUGUAUGAAAAAAAGUUAGUGCAGCUGUUGGUCUCACCUCCCUGUACACCACCGGUGAUGAAUGGACCUGAGGGGCUGAAUGGAGCUCAGGAUGAUGACGGCAGUAAUGAGCUUAAUGCCACUAUCAUUUUGAAAGGAAAUAUCAUUCUCUCAUCAGAAAAAAACAAGGAACCCAAAAAAAGACUCGAGACUUCCAUCACCAAACCAAAAGCCCUAGAUAUCAACUGCCUGGUUUAUAAGCAUUCCGAGGGAAUAAGGUUACCCAAGAGAGCGUCAAACCCCAGAUGCAGAGGAUGGAGCACCCGAGAGACUGGCGACUGCCCCGGGAACAGGAGUUUUGAGUACGGGAACCUAGAAAUGCUUCCCGUGGGCUUGAAGCUCGCUGUGCUUGGUAUCUUCAUCAUUGUCAUCUUUGUCUACAUAACGGUGGAAAGGAAGCCAUUCUUUGGCUAAGUGCUUUAGAACAGAGCAGGGAGGGAGCAGCUGAGCGUGGCUCGAAGCCCUCCAGCUGCAGGAAAAGAACAGAAAGACUGCUCCAACCGGGGCACCCAGCCCCACAGCCAGGUUGCUUUCCAUUGUGCUGCUGCUCUCACAAAUCUGUACCCAGGCUCAGGAUUUCAAAGCCGAAGGGGCCUCACGUGCUGUCUGGUUCACCACUCGUGUUUCAGAAUAAGGAACUAGUCCGGGGAGGUCGAGGACAGUGCCAAAAGUCGAAAUGAACAAAAACCAACAUCCACUGUGGCAGAAACGAGGGACAGAAUGGGGCACUCCUGUCGAGGAGCUUGGGCAGAAGGAGUCCCCUGGGUCGUGCUGGCCAUCAAUAAAACCACCACCACAUUUGAGCAUACUUCCAAAAAGAAAACUGUGCCUCGCGUU